GCCACUCACUUUCUGAUGUUGCACGACGGGAAAUGCUUUGAAUACUUACGACAUGGCCGCUCACAUUGAUUGCCAAGAUUGACAGCAGUAACCAUCGCCUUCACUUGUUUCAGGAGGGGGAAAAAAAAAUAAUGAACCUGAUUGUAACCAAAUCUCCAGGCAACCCAUCCGCAAACUUCUAACGAUCGGGAUCCUGCACAUCCAUGGCCCGGAGAAACACCAGCAGACUUUAGCUCAUUUAUUUUAUUUUAUUUUAUUUUAUUUUAUUUUAUUUUAUUUUAUUUUACUGAAUUACUACCCAUUUAUCCCUCCUUCUCUCUCUCCUUUCACCUCCCUCUCUCUUUUUUUUUAAUGAAAAUUACCGAAGCGCAUUGCAAAAAAAAAAGGAGGCUCUCCCAUUGCUUUGUGCCACACUGGAUCCCGAGGAGGUCAGUUUCAUGAAUUCAAAAGCAACUUACCAGUGAUUUCUGGGAGCUGGGGCUGAUUUUCUUGUUUAUUUAAGAAUGUCUUCCAAGCAGGCAACCUCUCCAUUCGCAUGUGCAGCUGAUGGAGAGGAAACAAUGACCCAGGACUUAGCAUCACGAGACAAGGAAGAGGGCAACAGUGAUCAGCAGGCAACCUCUCAUCUGCCUCUACAUAAUGUAAUGCACAACAAACCUCACGCUGAGGAGCUACCAACUCUGGUCACAACCAUCCAACAAGAUGCUGAAUGGGAUGGGGUCAUCUCAGCCCAACACCGAAUGGAGUCAGAGAGUAAUAAGUUAUGUUCCCUAUAUUCCUUCCGAAAUACCUCUACCUCACCACACAAGCCCGACGAAGGAGGUCGUGACCGCAGUGAGCUAAUGACCAGUGUUAAUUUUGGAACGCCAGAACGCCGCAAAGGAAGUCUUGCUGAUGUGGUGGACACACUGAAGCAGAAGAAACUAGAAGAAAUGACCAGGACUGAGCAAGAGGAUUCAUCCUGCAUGGAAAAGCUACUUUCUAAAGACUGGAAGGAGAAGAUGGAAAAAUUAAACACAAGUGAUCUUCUUGGAGAAAUUAAAGGUACACCAGAAAGCCUGGCAGAAAAAGAGCGACAGCUCUCUACCAUGAUCACCCAGCUGAUCAGCUUACGGGAGCAGCUCCUGGCUGCCCACGAUGAGCAGAAAAAGCUGGCAGCUUCACAAAUUGAAAAACAACGGCAGCAAAUGGACCUUGCUCGCCAGCAGCAAGAACAGAUUGCAAGACAACAGCAGCAACUUCUGCAACAGCAGCACAAAAUCAAUCUACUGCAGCAGCAAAUUCAGCAGGUUCAGGGUCACAUGCCUCCGCUCAUGAUCCCAAUUUUUCCACACGACCAGCGGACAUUGGCAGCGGCUGCUGCAGCCCAGCAGGGAUUCCUCUUCCCCCCAGGAAUAACUUACAAGCCAGGUGAGAACUACCCGGUGCAGUUCAUUCCCUCCACGAUGGCAGCUGCCGCUGCUUCUGGACUCAGCCCUCUGCAGCUCCAGCAACUAUAUGCAGCUCAGCUGGCUAGCAUGCAAGUUUCUCCUGGAGCCAAAAUGCCAUCUACUCCACAGCCACCAAAUACGACAGGGGCGCUUUCACCCACUGGCAUGAAAAAUGAGAAGAGAGGGACCAGCCCGGUAACUCAAGUUAAGGAUGAAGCAGCCCAGCCACUGAAUCUUUCAGCCCGACCGAAGACAGCUGAACCUGUCAAAUCCCCGACAUCUCCAACACAGAACCUCUUUCCAGCUAGUAAAAGCAGUCCAGUGACUGUGACAAGUAAGAGUGGCAUCCCCAGCCCCCUCGGUGGAACUCUAGGAAGAGGAUCCUCUUUAGAUAUCCUUUCCAGUCUUAACUCACCUGCCCUGUUUGGGGACCAGGACACAGUAAUGAAAGCCAUUCAGGAGGCUCGAAAAAUGAGAGAGCAAAUCCAAAGGGAGCAGCAGCAGCAGCAGCCACAUGGUGUUGAUGGAAAAUUGCCCUCCAUGAACAACAUGGGUCUUAACAACUGCAGGAAUGAAAAGGAAAGAUCAAGGUUUGAAAAUCUAGGCCCACAGUUAACAGGAAAACCCAAUGAAGAUGGAAAACUGGGCCCUGGUGUCAUUGAUCUUACAAGGCCAGAAGAUGCAGAAGGAAGUAAAGCAAUGAAUGGCUCUGCAGCUAAACUACAGCAGUAUUAUUGUUGGCCAACAGGAGGUGCCACUGUGGCUGAAGCUCGAGUCUACAGGGAUUCGCGGGGCCGAGCCAGCAGCGAACCGCACAUCAAACGGCCAAUGAAUGCUUUCAUGGUCUGGGCGAAGGACGAACGCCGGAAAAUUCUCCAGGCUUUCCCUGACAUGCACAACUCCAACAUCAGCAAAAUCCUAGGAUCUCGCUGGAAGUCCAUGUCGAAUCAAGAGAAACAACCUUACUAUGAAGAGCAGGCACGGCUAAGUAAAAUCCACCUAGAAAAGUACCCGAAUUACAAAUAUAAACCCCGACCAAAACGUACCUGCAUUGUUGAUGGAAAGAAAUUGCGUAUUGGUGAAUACAAACAACUGAUGAGGUCUCGGAGACAGGAGAUGAGGCAGUUUUUUACCGUAGGACAACAGCCUCAAAUUCCAAUCACCACAGGAACAGGUGUUGUCUACCCUGGUGCUAUUACCAUGGCAACUACCACGCCGUCACCUCAGAUGACAUCCGACUGCUCUAGCACCUCUGCCAGCCCUGAGCCCAGCAUCCCUGUCAUUCAGAGCACUUACGGUAUGAAGACGGACAGCGGAAGCCUUGCUGGAAAUGAAAUGAUAAAUGGAGAGGAUGAAAUAGAAAUGUAUGAGGACUAUGAGGAUGAUCCCAAAUCAGACUAUAGCAGUGAAAAUGAAGCCCACGAGGCAGUCAGUGCCAACUGAGGAGUGUUCACAGAAUUAAAGUACUCAGACUCAUUUGUUUUUUGGGUUUUUUUUUUUUUUUUUUUUUUUGAACAAAAAGUUCUUAAAGAGCCUGCAUGCAUGUGUGGCUCCUACAAUUACAUCAGCAGAAUGGUCUUAAAUGUUUCUUAACGUGUGAGACAGAUUGUUUCCCUAAUUUUUCAUGAACUUGGGUUUUUUGUUUUUGUUUUUUUUUUUAAUUUAGAUGAAGACAUAUAUUAAAUAUCAGACAUCAGGACUUGAAAACUUAUAUGAAUCAAUAGCUGUCUUACAAGUCUUACCUUUUGUCUUUUUCCUUUUGGAUGCUGAUAAAGGUUUAAGUUACUGUUUUAGAUGGGGGUUAUACAUUCUCACUCAGGUAUGCUGUGCCAGCCUACAGGUUGUGAAUGUGUUUUUAUUC